GCCAGAGAGAGAGAGAGAGACGCUCCCGGGGCGCGCGCUUUACCGCGGCCGCCGUCAAAAUCACGGCGUUCAAAUAAUGCACGUAUUGUUUUAAAAAGCACUGACAUGUUAUCUGCUGCUGUCUGUCGAGAGGAGCCGUAUGAAGUACACCGCAGCGCCGCUGGGACGCGGUUUUUUUUAAGCGCGCUUGUGUAGUAUGCAACGUAGUAUGCAACGUAGUAUGCAGCGCGCUAGAGAGCGCUGAGGUAAUUGGUCGCGGCGUCCUGAUCAUUACGUGCCGCGACUGAAACGGGUCAGAAUCUCUGUGGAAAGUCAUACGUGUCGAAAAGAGAGUAAAAUGGACUACAGACGCAAGAGGAGACUGACCUUCUUCACUAUAGGACUGAUCUUCUUACUGAGCGGGAUCGAGUACGCGGUGAUUUUGCCCACGAUAUGGAGGUAUCUGCAGACGCUGAGCGCAGCGCCGUACUUUCUUGGUCUCAGCCUAUCGGCGUUCAGCUUCAGCGGGCUUCUCGCGGGCCCUUUGUUUGGCUUCUGGUCGGAUCGCACGCACACCACCAAGAAAAUCAUCCUGUUUGCCAAUGUCUUCGAGAUCGUCGGUAAUUUCAUGUAUUUUAUGGGAUACUCCAAGUGGUUAUUGCUCGGCAGUCGUCUAGUUGCAGGUAUUGGCACUGGUGCUGGAUCAUCGAUCUUUGGCUUCUUGACUAGAAAUACAGCCCCUGAGGACCGUUCGACUGUUUUUGCUGCGGUUAUGGCCUGCCGUCAAGCUGGGCUUCUCAUUGGUCCUGCAUUCAAUAUCUUUCUCAGACUCUGUAACUUCCAGAUCGGACCUUUUACAGUCAACAAAUAUACUUCCCCGGGGCUCUUCAUGUGCUUGCUGUGGAUCCUUCUUCAGUUCGUGGUCCUGUUCUUGUACUGGGACUUCACUCCUCAAGACGAAACGCAUCAGAGGAACGGAGUGGAGCAGGAGGAGGUGGAGCAGGAGGAAGAAGAGGGAAAACCUUUAGUUGGGCCCAAUGAGCUCACCGGCUCCUACGGGACGGUCACCAGUGUCCAGUCCAGGAGCUCUUCAGUGGCCAACGGAGACGUGAGCCGCGUUUCACCUCCACCUGAGGAGGUCGACUCCAGCCCCUUCAGGAACUUCAGUGCCAGCAGAGAGUUCGUCAGAGAGGAGGUGGUUGUGCUGUUGGCUGCUCAGUUUAUCACGCUGUUUAAUCAGACGGCUCUGGAGACUAUGGUGACGCCUCUGACGCAGAAGUUCUUUAACUUCGGCGAGUUGGAGAACAGCAUCAUGUACUGUGUGUGUGGCGUGGAGGUGAUCGCCGGCUUCCUGUUCGUGCGCUGGUUGAGCAAGCGCGCGGCGGAGCGAGUGGUCCUGGCCGUCGGCCUCAUCCUCUGCAACAUCUCCUGCGUCUGGUGCCUGAUCUUCCUGGCCAAUCCUCAGGGAGGAUUUGCGUGGCAGCUGGCGGAGUUCAUCAUUGGCGUUUUCCUUCAGGUCCUGGGCCUUCCUUUUGUGGCUGUCGCCCAGGUGUCGCUCUUCUCCAAAAUUACAUCAGAGAAGACGCAAGGGUUCAGUCAGGGGAUCCGGCGCUCUGUCGGGGGACUGGCCACCAUUCUCGGGCCCCUCUGGGCGGGCGGUCUGACCUCGAACCUCUACGUCAUGCUGGGGCUGAUGAUGGGCCUGCUCGCCCUGCUCACCAUCAUGAUGGUGGUGUCGUAUGAGCGGCUGGUGGCCCCCGUCGCCGCAGACCGUCCAAUAGGAGCGGAUUCAGACGACUGACGCAGGUUUGACGUCAGCUAGUUCGUGCCGUCGUUGGCGAGAAAGCUGUUAGCGAUUCGCUCGGCUCACUAGAUCUCGGGAAAUCAGUGCAGGUUCGACUGGCUCCAGCUGAUCAGUGACGAGGGGACAACGUCUGGAGACGGCGGGAGUGGGUAAGACGAACGAGACGCUGAUGGACGCGUGAGAUGAUUCUCUGGAUUCUCUUCAUCUCUCGGGACGAAUGCACAUUUCUGCUAUAUUUCCUAUGGAAAUGUUUUGGGAUUGAAAACGAAAGACAUCCCGAGGGAAAAUCCAUUCACGAGUGUCAUAUUAAUAAAGAGAUGAAUGCAAUAAGUUUAGAAUUGAUUGAUCGAUUGAUUAUUUAAUACAUAUUAUGUUUACUUAUGCAAAAAUCGUCACGAUUAUUAGUAUUUAUUUAUUAUUCGUUUAUUUAUCGUUCAAGAUUACUGCUCUUUUGAAUAAAAAUGAUUUAGGCCCAAAAGUGACAGGGCUGCAUUAAAAACAAGUCAAAUUGGGGGGGAAAAGUACUUUAAUAAUUACAUUUCCAAAACAUUUGUUUUCCAACUCUGAUUAUUAUCACCAUCAUAAUCAUUAUUAAUAUUAUUAUACAAUUUAGCGGUUUAAUAUUCCUAUACCUAGAAUCUGUUUUUCUAAAACUGUUCAAAUUGAACAAAGACGACCGGUAAACUAUAGAAUUUGACCAAACGAAAGAAUAUGGUUUCAUUUCAUAAAACCGAAAGUAUUAUUUUUAAAUGGUGAACCGUCGAAGCAUGACAGGGUCAAGCAUAACGUUUGCAUGAUUUAAAAAUGUAUGAAAUGUUUUAGGGAAGAACUAAAUAAACUAAAUUUCAGUUAGUUUCAUUUUGUGUCUCUUUUUUUCCCCUUCUCUUUUAUAAAUAUAUAUAUUAUAUAUUAUAAAAUAUAUAAUGAUGCUUUAAACAACAUAUAACGUAAAUAUAUUUUAAUAAUGCCUUAUUACAAUAAGAAUUGAUUUUGCAUUACAUUAAAUCUCAAAUGAUUGUUCACUGAAUCAGUGUAGAAUCAGUGUAGAAUAUAUAUGGAACUAUCCACUAGAGGGCGUCAUUAACCCACAUAAAACCAUCCAGUCACUAUUAAGAAUGACAGAAAUAUUGAAUUUAUUAAUCUACAAUAAACCCCUCACUCCCUGUUUCCCUUUCAGCACCAGCAAUAUAUUUUUUUUCAGUGAAAAUACUGCAACAUGCAGUAACAUAUGCACUCUUCAAUUAAUAUCAAUGAGCAGUACGACUAUGGUUUUGUUAAUAUUUUUUUUUUUGGCAUGUUUAGCCCAUAAUAAUCAGAGGCCAUAAAACACAUUUUUGUCAUAAUUUGCGCUACAGAUCUGCACCGUUUAAGUGCGCAUUUAAAUGUUUGUUUAAAGGUUGUAUGUAGUUUUACUUUUGUCUUUUAUUGCAGCUGUUAUUUAUCUAUUACUUAUCAACCACAUGUAUUAAUAUUAGUCCGGGUUUUAUAUUUUCUGAAUUAAUUUGGCCGUUUUUGAUGACUUUCUGUUAAAUUUUUACAACGUACAAUAUUCUUAAAAACAGUGGGAUCAUUAAUCUGAAAUGAUUGUUUGUUAAAGAAAAGAAAAGAUGAGAUUUUCUGUUUCAAACUGUUUGUUCUGAUGGGAAUCAUCCAGGUCCUUUUCUCUUUUGUUGUUUUCCCACGAAGCCUAUUUUUUACCCCGUAUCUCUUAAUAAAAUGAAAAAUUGGCAUAGCAAGCUA